GACAGGAAACUGUUAAAUUGAGUCCGUUAUUGUCAUAUAGUUUAGUGGUUUAAUGUUGCAUGCAAAUGAAAUCCCGUAGUAACAAUUUUCUAAAUUCACUAGUUUUGCUUUUAUAUCAAGUUUGAUCAGAACGCGAAAAGAGUUAAAAAUUAUAGUUUGUAAUAUAUAUAUAAUAAAAAAAGCUGUUUUUGAAAGGUCGGAUAUUUAAAGAUGUCUCAGAGUAUGAACAUAAAUUAAAAUUGAUCUCUGAAAAAUAGCAGUACUUUAAAAAUUCUUUUAUACUCUUUUUCAAGCAUAAUUUAUAAGUAGUACAAACUAAAAACGUUGAUAUAGGGAUAGUAGCUAAAAACGUUUCAACAAUGCCAAAGUCGUUUCUAGCUGGUAGGAAAUAUAGGAAAGAACAUCGGUACCCAGGAAUAGAAAGGAAUGGAGAACGCAAGAAGAAAGAAGAUCCGUCAAUGGUGCGAUUACCAUCACCAACCCCUACGAUGGAAAAUGAUUCUGUUGACACAUAUGAUGAAAUAGACGGAGACAUGGAUAAGAGAGUCGUGAAGCGGAAACAAUUUUUCCUGCCAUUGGUAAAGAACAACGAUUUUCAGACAAGAAAUGUACAAGAAAUGUACAGAGAAGAUUAUAGAUUGGUUCACAAUUUAAAAACAGAUGAAUCGACAUCAAAAACUAAAAAUGAGAAGCAUCAACAUAAUAACGGUUCAAAAAACUCACACUUAAAUCAUCUUGCGAGACCAUAUUCUAACACAGAUAUACACACAUUCAACUUUGGUUCAUUAUUUUAUCCACCAAGCAGACCGUUAUCGCUGUCACCUAUUUCUUCUUUUCCAUUUCGUCAAAACGAGCUUGCAUCCCCAGAUUAUCCAUUACCCUGUUUUCCUUAUGUAUCUCCAAGACAUGUAGCCCCAUAUCAAAUACCAGUGUCGCCUUCAGAUAUAACUGACAGUCUCGCCUCACCAGACAGAAACAAUAAUAUUCCAACAGAAGCAACGAAAAGGAAAACUUUGUCUGACGAACGUCUCACUCUAACACCUAAUAGCAUCAAUACAUCUGAAGAAAACUGUCGAAUGAAACACGUGACAGAGAGACUCACUGAUGGACUCGAUCAUCAUAUUACAUCAAAACCAAAAGUCCCAAAAGACUCGUUGACGUCACAAAUGUCACCAUCUAAAACUAAAAACUCUUCAAACUUUACGAAACGGACAGAUACGUCACGUGAACAACAAACUUACACCGGUUCACGUAUUUGGAGACCGGUGCCUCAAAUGGCUCCUGUGGUUUCUCCGUCACACUUUGGGUUGACAGAACUAAAAGAAACAAAAUCAAUUAACUUUGACUCAAAUCGACUUACUAAUAUUAUGCAGUGCAACACCGGAGCCUAUACGUUACCUAUGAUGAAGACCAUUGAACCAAUCCGAACGUUUCGGACACCUAUUGUAAAAGGUGUGGAGCUUGUAAAUGGCGGAUAUGGAAUAAAGAACCCAUUGCUUACUCAAACCAAAGUGGAAUCCAGACAUGAAUCUAUUGCAAUCCAUAGCGAGGCAGAUCGAUUCGUUUGCAAACUGUGCCAAAAGUCAUUCCAUUUACAGCGUCUAUUAAACCGUCAUUUAAAAUGCCACAGUGACGUCAAACGUUUUCUAUGCACGUUUUGUGGUAAAGGUUUUAACGACACGUUUGACCUCAAGAGGCAUACAAGAACACAUACAGGUGUCCGGCCGUAUAAAUGUGAUAGUUGCGGCAAAUCGUUCACACAGAGAUGUUCUUUGGAGUCUCAUUGUAAAAAGGUUCAUGGAUACGAUAAUAAGUUCGAAUUCAAGGAAAGGCGAGCAAAGCUGUAUGUUUGCGAAGAUUGCGGACACACCACCACAGAACCCGGAGAACAUUUCAUGCAUUUAAAAAACUUCCAUCCUCAAAACCCUAUUUUAUUGAGAUUUUAUGACAAAAGACAAUUCAAAUUUAGCGGAACAGAACCAAAUCUUUCAGAAAAAUCCGAGAUGUGAUUCUGAUUUUGAUAUAGAUGCCGACAUUUAUACCUAAGAUACUACUUCAGCACCCCAAGGGACUUGACAUUCUUAUUGAUGUUCCGCUAAACAAUUGUGACAUAUUGAGUCACAUAAACGACUAUACGGCCGUUAAUUGUGGUCAAUGUUUGAUGCCUUUAAAUAUAUUCAACUAUGACUCAAAUGACUGUCUUAAAAGUCUUCACCGUCAUUAUAUAAGUUUUGUGCUGUUUCUUUUUGCUAAUUAUUGUUACUAAAAAGAUUAACUAAGCAAACAGUAACCAUGCCUCAAAUGUUGACAUUAUUUUGUUCAGACGGACAAAUGAUUUAUGUGCUUUAGAAAUAAAGUUAUGAAAAAACUUACCCUAAGACGACUAUUCUGUGUUAAAGUGUGAUCGUCAGAAUCAUCGACAUACAUUUUAGUUUCUAAGUAUUUAUAAUACAUGUAGUAUUUGUUUUGUGAUAUUGUUUUAUUUGUUUUUUGUUAACAAAAUGAUUGAAUAAAAUAACACAGAAACUG